ACCACGAGCUCCCUUCUGUUCUGUUAGUCUUUGUCGAGAGUUUUGACUCUGGAGGCCCCUGGCGAUGAUUUCUCCGCCCCGUGAAAGUUUUUCUCACCCUGAUCUGUUCAAUCGACAAAACCGGUGGCGGACCAAGGAACACAAAACGAUAGUGCGUUACAUCUGGGAAAUGCUAGAAAAUCUUUGGCAAACUUGCACAAAAGAAGCCACCACGAGGCGAACGCACGGACUUCAACUUGGAGAACGCUUGAAAUUUUGUCCGUACGAGAUCAUCGGCGGAUGGUGCAAGUUGUCAGCCGAUCGGAGAAGGCCGGUGUGCGUGUUGGCGUUGGACCACUGCCGUUCCAGUGACGGAGAAGUGAACGGCGUGACGGAGGAGUUUUCGGCUCUGGAGGUUCUGCAAAUGGUCAACGUGGGCCUCAGGUCGCUUUCCAAACUGCCGUCGCUGCCCAAACUGCACAAGCUGGAGCUGAGCGACAACGCCAUCUGCGGAGGUUUGGAGGCGCUCGCCCAAAAAUGUCCCAACCUGACGUACCUCGACAUCAGCGACAACAAGAUCGGCGACGUGGCCGCCCUGGAAGCGCUGAAGCCCCUGAAGAAGCUGAAAACUUUGGACACGUCGGGUUGCAAGGUCAGCACCGGGGACGACUACCGUGACGCCGUCUUCCGCCUCCUGCCGCACAUCACCUACCUGGAUGGCUACGAUCGCCACGACAACACGGCGCCGCUCUCGGACGACCAGGACGAUGACGGUGCCGGUCCGCAUGGUGAUGACGAAGGGGAAGAUGAUGAUGAUGAUGGUGGUGAUGAUGACGACGAGGAGGAAGAGGAAGAGGUUGGGCUGUCCUACCUGAUGAAGGAGGGAAUCCAGGACGACGAAGACGACGGAGACUACGUGGAGGAAGAGGAGGAUGACGACGAAGAUGGAGAUGAGCAGCCGGUCCGAGGCGACAAGAGGAAGCGGGACGAUGAAGACGACGAAGACGAUGAAGACGGAGAUGACCAAUAGUUGACCGCCACCUGGCCCCACCCACUUUUUUGCUCAGAGGUACACUGUUCUUGAUCCUGGUUCUGGUUCUGGUGUGUAAGUGACCUGAAAGUUUCUGCAGUGUUUUGUUUCUGGCGCCAUCGUGUGGUCACGUAGCCGCAUUGUUUUUCAAUAAAACUGCCACAAGCAA